AUGGUUAAAAAGGUAAAAAAAUCAGCCGCAAAGGGUGAAAAAAGUAAAAAGGUUAAAGAAGGUGUAAAACACAAAGAACAGCCAAAUGAGGGGAUAAAAACGGAAGAUUCACAAAAUUUAAAUAACAAUAAGGAUCUAGAAGAUGGAAAAAAUGUGGAAAAUGCUGAAAAAACUGUAAAGGUAGAGUUUGAUGAUAAAAUUGAGGAUAAAAAAGAAGAUUCCGUAACGGAUUCCAACGAAUCAGAAUCACUUGAUAAGAGAUUUACUCCUGUAGGAAAACAUCUUGGUGAAGGCACUUAUGGUCAAGUUAUUAAAGCUAUGGACACUCUCACUGGAAAAAUGGUCGCUAUAAAGAAGGUUAAGAAUAUAGAGUAUAAGAAGGGAGUGACAAAGGAUCGGCAGUUGGUAGGGAUGGUCGGUAUCCACUUUACAACUCUGCGUGAGCUGAAAGUGAUGACUGAAUUAAGUCACGAGAACUUGAUGGGUCUGGUUGCUGUAUACGUGAAGGAGAGUUUCAUUAACAUUGUAAUGGACGUUAUGGCUUCUGAUUUGAAGAAGGUUGUAGACGCCAAAAUAAGACUAACUGAGCCUAAUGUGAAGUGCAUAAUGUCACAGAUUUUAACUGGGUUAUCAGUGCUUCACUCUUCUUCAUUUGCACAUCGAGACCUUUCACCUGCAAAUAUUUUUAUUGACAAUUUCGGAGUGUGUAAAAUAGCUGAUUUCGGUCUCGCCAGAAGAACUGUGAAUCCGCCAAUUUUCAGGGAAUGCACGGAUUUAGAGACUAUGGAACUUAACGCCUCAAGGGAAAGAAUGACGUCAAAGGUGGUUACACUUUGGUACAGAGCACCAGAACUUCUCAUGGGAGCAGAGUGUUACCACUUUGCAUGUGAUCUCUGGAGUGUUGGGUGCAUCUUCGCAGAACUGCUUUCCGGGAAGCCUUUGUUCCCAGGCACUAAUGAGAUUGACCAACUGGGGAAAAUCUAUAACAUCUUAGGCACUCCUGAACCCACGUGGCCAGAAGUCACUAAACUCCCUCUCUACACACAAUACUCGUUUUCUAAACCUAAAGAUCUUUCAACACUUUUUCCACAUGCUAAUAGUGUAACAUUGGAUUUAUUAUCACAGUUGUUAAAAUUAAACCCUAAUGAGAGAAUUAGUGCUAAAAAGGCGUUGGAACACGAAUAUUUUAAAGUCCAACCACUAAAAUGUAAACCGAAAGAUUUACCCUUUGAUUUUAUUACCAAAUAA